AUGCGAAGCUUGUUUGCAGUCAUUUUCUUGCUGCUUCUGGCCCUCAUUGUGCCCACAGAGGCAAGCAAACGAUUAAAACAUCAAAAAGGCAGUAAGCAUGACCAUGCCAAGGUUGCCUCUGAGUGCUCCAGUGCAGAAACGCACUAUGAGAAGUGUGUCCCACAGUCUGGGGACUGUGGAGAGGGGCUGAGAGAUGUCACCUGCAAGGAGCGCACUGAGAAGAUAGCCUGCCGAAUCCCCUGCAACUGGAAGAAGGAGAUUGUUGACUGUAAAUACAGGUUUGGCCAGUGGGGAGAAUGUGAUAUCAGCACCAACACCAAGAGUCGCUCAGGGACCCUGAAGAGAGCCAUGUUCAAUGCUGAAUGUCAAACCAAUGUCAAGGUGUCCAAACCCUGCUCCCCAAAGCUGAAGAAAACAACAGGAGAGAAGAAGUCCAGUUAG